AUGGAUCGUGGGGGCUCUCUGCCUCCAGAGCUGCUCGCUUCGGUGCUUGGUUGGGCGGACCCUCGAGAUGUAAUUGCUUCACGAAUGGUUUGCCGAUUCUGGUCUGCGGUGGUGAAGCACUCGGCAGAGCUACAAUAUAUGAUUGAACUAUGGCGCGACGGACUGCUUCGCGGCGAUAAUGGACAGUCAACUUCUGUGGAAUGCAUGAAUCGCCUGUCCACACGCCGGACAGCCUGGCACAAUCUCCAAUGGAGCGCACAAUUAACAGUUCAGAUGCAAUCACUGCGAAAAUGCCAAACCUACGAGCUUGUUGACGGCCUGCUUGCCCUGCGAGACCAACAGGUCGACAAGCUCUAUAUCCUUCCCUUACCUUCGGGUCCUAGGCCUGCAAACCAGCCGUACAUCAGAUCUACGGGAAUUACACCGUUCAAUUUCCAGAACUUUACAAUCGACCUUGGACAGGAUCUCCUGGUAAUACUUCACCGUCUUACCUCACUUCCUGACUCCUCGACGAGCUGGGCUCUGGAUGUCAGACAACUCUCAUAUCCAAACCGUCGUCAUCCUCGUGCCGCUCUCAAGACACUGCCAUUCUCGCCUGUCUCUCCAUUCGAAGCUCCACCCAACCGGCCGCAUAUCACCCUUCAAAUUCUUGACGAUGUCGUGGCUAUAUGGUUCAUGCACACCUGCCGCCUUUCUCUCGUAAAUUGGGUGAAAUCAACAUUGAUGCGCUCCUUUGCUUUCCACCAAGACCCACUGUAUUCCGAACUUAUAGUCCUGGAAUGUUUCAUGCUGGACCCGCAUUCCUUUCUCCUCAUCUGCCAGAACGAGCCUGGGCUGCCCCACCAUAACGGAGGCAGUAUCCGGCUAUAUCAGAUGUCGGACGACGACCAAGUAGUCGCCCACGUCGCCAUUUUCGCUUUACCCCCCGUUGCGCGCCUAUCCGGAGCGCUGCCCAGGCACACACAGACCAUGGCUGGCCCCUUUCGGAAACAACAUACGCCUGCGAGUCCACACCUCCAAUCGAAUGACCGCCGCAUUAUUUCGCUCGUCGUCUGGUACCGCCCCUUGGAUGAAGUGCCCAAUGCCGGUAGCAAGUUCGGAAUCCGCCUGGUUAUCCAUAUUCGCACAUUCACGCAAGUGCUCGCGGAACCGGAAACAGAGAGGCCGCUCGUGGUGAAGGCAUGGGAUGAAUGGGGACCUAACCAGACGCGCAUUUUCCAUGCUAGCGAGAUGGAUGGCUCGUGGGCCCGACACAUUCAUGGCGAGAAGAUGAUAUUUGCGACCGCUGACACAACACACCUUCCUCUACUAUACACGGGCUUUUGUCUGUUAGACUUCAAUCCUGCAUACGAAGACGCAAGUCACGGUGUCAGCGAGCUCCAAAUUCGAGUCACCACGCCCGACGGCUACGAAAAAGGCCACUGGGACCUGUCUGGCCGCUUCCACCCAAGUCGAGUUACUCGCGGCAUCACUGUUGGCUUAUUUGAGCAUCGGCUACGCUCUACCCUACCCUAUCGCGAAAUCCACAACUGCAUCGUUCCUCCGGAGGGUGAUCCACAGCCCGAGUACGAUGUCCUUCCUGUUGGGUAUGGGAUAAAUCGCCGCCCACGCCGCCUGGCUGCCGCCCCAGUGCCGCCGCCCCUCAGGUACAGCCGCCCAAGCGUGACAGGCUGCCGCCCGCGUGUCGUCGACUGCCGCCUCAAGUAUUUCAUCGACUGCCGCCUCAGGUCUUGA